AAUCAUUUGAAGAACACACACUUCUUAUCAUUCUCAAACAUCAGAUGUGUGGAUAGACUAGAAACCUCGAAUAUGGAGACCGACGCCUCAAAGCGCCGAUCCGUUCGUCAAGCCAUAACUCGAAAGAGAAGUCGAUACCUGGACCCAGACACGGAUGAUGACUUCGAUAUUGCCGAGGGGCAGGAUUCCGCCGAAGAGCAUCUUCAAUCUCCGGAGCCUGAGCAGAAGCGACAAAAGACAACCAAAAGACGAACAAGCAAACCAUCUCCAAGGGAAACCAGAUCCAAGGCAAAGAGACCUACGCCCAAAAAAUCGCCACUCAGCCGCAAAGCUAAACAUGCUUCUAAGCCGACCAAGCUGCCUGCCCCAGCUGCACCACCAAUUCCAAGUGAUGGGAUAAUACCUAAGUGGCAAACCCUUCCCUACGAGAUUCUGUCGCAGAUAUUCAGUUAUGCGUUCGCUGCGGAGCUCGAGCACGAGACAGGUGGUGUUGCGAGCAGAAGAGUGAAUCAUCCGAAUACAUGGAUUAUGAAGACAGCUAGAAAGGUCUGUCGAGCCUUCUCUGAACCAGCUUUGACAGCUUUCUACAGAGCACCAAACCUUUUGGCAGCACGAUGGCUGGAGGACUUCUCUGCUAUCGUCAAGCAACCUAAUGACCAACACUUAUACUCGUAUAACAUGAAAGUCACCAGCAUAGAAGUGUCGGCUCGCAACCUUGAGUCUUUUGCACGAAACACAUCUUUGUCUUUUGCUGAAACAGUGUCGAAACUGCCUCGACUUUCUUCGCUGCUCAUCACACAUCAGCUGGACGAACCACCAUACGAGUAUCAGGGCCGACUCCCUCGAUGGAAGUAUCCUCCAAAUCUCUUCGAAGCACUCGACUCGAACAAAAUCCAUCUCGAGUGCUGGAGAUGGAAUGCAAAUCUCAUCGAACAGCAAGACGGCAAAGCAGAACUUCAAGGACUCACAGAGUAUAUGGCUGGAGUACACCAGAGACCCUCUUUUCAAAGCUUGCGCCAUCUUACCGUCUCACAUCUUCCAGCGAUAGCAGCAGAAGCACUCACCCCGGAGGAAGAAGCCGCUGAUGUUGCUUUCGGCAAGAUAUUUGCUGAUCUACCUAAGCUCGAAACACUGUCUUUCGAGUCAUGCGAUCGCCUUUCUCUCCAGAUGCUACUUCAAUUACCAAGCACUCUUAAGACUAUCAAGUUCAUAAACUGUAUGCCUCUUAACUCGGACAUGCUUAGCGAAUUUCUUGUUAGUCAUGGUCAUUCAAUCCAAGAGCUGGUCCUGGACCACAAUCCCUUUCUAGAUCUUGCUUUCUUCACGGCUCUUCGCACGACUUGUCCAAAGCUCAAAUCGCUGAGGAUGGAUCUCUACGACCACAGGGAGAAUCACUUCCGUCAUUUUGGCGAACCUAAGUACGAAAGUUUACUACUUGAAGACGAAACUCCUACCUGGCCUUCCAGUCUCCAAACUCUGGAGCUUGUUCAUUUGCAGAAGUGGGGUGCCAAUGCUGCUCAGAAUCUCUUCCGCUCGCUUGUCGAGUCCGCCGAUUCACUACCAGACCUCCGAAGACUAGUUCUGCAAGCCCAUAUCAACAUCUCUUGGCGAGACAGAGCAGCUUUCAGAGACCAGUGGAUUGAGCGUCUGCGUCGAGUCUAUCAGCGUUAUCCUCAAGACCCAGAUCCAAAUUUUGCCUCGCUCAGAGCGUUCAGACAGUGGAAAGAGAGGCUGGCCGACAAUGCAGCCAAGGAAAGAAGCCGCACCAUAAGCCAAGUCGAAGUGGUUGUACGCAAGCCAUCCCUGGUAACCCAGACCUCCCAGGCUUCAGAUGACGAGCCUUUGGCCAAACGUCGCAGCAGACGCGUCAUAAAGCCUGCCAGUCCACCACCACUUCCCACGCCACCCACUGAGAAGAGAGUUGUCCGCGGUCGACGUAAGCAAGGUCGCAGGGAUUCUGAUGCCAUCUCGAUUGUCUCCGGCGACAAUGCCGGAGACGGUGAAGACUGGCGCAACACACCCGAGAAGUUCAUUCAAGGACUUUGCAACGUUGUCGACAUCCGCAUUGACAACCAACGCCCACGCGAAGAGCAGUUCAACGAAACUCACUUCCUGGACUCCGAGGCUAGUGGUGAUGAGGAAUGGACAGAAGGUGCUGAAGUCGAAGCAGAAGAUUAUGCAUGGUGAUUUUCAUUUUCGGUCUUGAUUUACAUGGUGUACUGGGAGGGUUUCAAAAGGGCUAGAUUGCUAAGAUACCACGGUGGCUUUAUGGAUGGGUGGAUACUGGCGUUCUGGUUGCUACGAAUGUGCAAUGCUUCUAUUGAAAUUCGCUAUCUGAAUACAAUGGC